AUGCAGCCAAUGCGUAAAUUGAUUAUAGGAGCCAAUUGGAAAUCCAAUGGGACUAUCCAAUCAAUUCGAAGCCUUGUUCAAACUGUCCUAAACCCUGCAAUAAUUGAUUACAAAAACACUGAAGUAGUUAUUGCCCCAAUGUAUAUUCAUCUUCCUAUCGUCAAAGAUAUCCUUAAAAGUGAUUUUCAUCUUGGAGCUCAAAAUUGCAGCUUGACUGGCCCAGGAGCCUACACCGGCGAAGUUGCUGCAGAGCAUUUAAAAGAUUUAGGCAUCCCAUGGGUUAUUCUAGGCCAUUCCGAAAGACGCCACAUAUAUGGAGAAUCUGAUGCAGUCAUAGCAGAAAAAGUUAAAAGAGCCGGCGCCUUAGGACUUAAAACUAUUAUUUGUGUAGGCGAAAAUCUUGAUGAGAGGGUUGCAGGAACAACAACUGAAGUGGUUUCAAGACAAUUGGAUGCUAUUAAAUAUUCACUUUCUGACUGAAAUAAUGUCGUCAUUGCUUAUGAGCCAGUUUGGGCUAUCGGGACCGGAAAAACUGCAACUCCAGAGCAAGCUCAAGAAGUUCAUGGAAGUAUUAGGCUCUGAAUAGGCUCAAAUAUUGGGCGUCUUGUUGCCAAUUCAACUAGAGUUAUAUAUGGAGGCUCAGUGACUGACGAAAAUUGCAAAGAGUUAUUAGUUUUAGAUGACAUUGAUGGCUUCUUAGUUGGAGGUGCUUCAUUAAAGCCAGCAUUCAAAACAAUAUUAGAAAUCUGUGAUAAUCAUAAGCCAGGAAAGACAUUUACUUAA